AUGAACUCUACCCAUCUAACUCUGCAUGACCGUUUCUUAACCUCUACGAUCUUCCUGAAUGAGGAUUUCUUCCUUUCCCCAUACCCAGAAACCCGGCAAGAAUAUCUCGGCUUCUGCGAACGUCGGGAGAAGGACGCGAGGGCAUGGCGGCCAUACAUGGGCACGCCGUUUAGUGCCGGUGUGGUCAAGCAAUGGCGUUCAUUCGAUCUGCCUUGCUUGACAGCAGAUCCACUCUCUGACAAUUAUCGCCCGAUUCCUGCGCUCGUGCAGCACGAGGCAUUUCUGCGCGAAGGCAAGAUCAGCCUGGCCAUGGUUCAUCCACUCCAGAUAGGGACGCGGAAGUGGUCACAGGUGUGGCGCGGGAGCAUGAAAAUGUCGUCUGCGGACGACGUCCUUCAGGCCGCUCCUGUGGUUAUCAAGAUAUUUCAGCAGAGUUUGUUUCCGGACCCGUUUGAAUACCACUCUGAGGCGGGCGGCAUCGAUUGUGGAGGAUGGUUAACCGGUGCUCAACAGGCGAGAUGGGAGGCUUGGGCUUUUUCGCGCAUGAAACUGCUUCAGGGACGACGGAUACCAUGGUCAUAUGGCAUUUUCCAGAUUAUUCUCCCUCACGGAGAACUCGCUUUCGUGCAUGUAAUAGAGUUUGUAGAAGGAUCCUCUGGAAAAGAACUUAGAUUUGGCGAUGCGACUGCAACGGAUUUCUGGGCUCUGGCAGAAGUGCUGGCCUCAGACUUCUACAACAUGACACAGUGUGGCGUGCUCCACGAUGACAUAAUGCUCAGCAAUCUCAUUGUCAGUCCGGGUGACCCCCACCCAGUCGUUUCCAUCGACUUCGCCUUUGCCCAGCCUUUCACUGAGGCCGACCUUGACUGCGGUGUCUUCCCGAUCGUGUAUGCGCUGCGAGACAUGGGCAUGGAGCUAGACACCAUCGAGGCGUGGUUCAAGGACGGGAUAACCCGCGGUGUACCUUGGAGCCGAAUGUUCGUGUAUCAGUCUGAGAAGUCACCAAGGUGGUUCAAGGCUCUGACGGGCAUGAUCACUCCCGAUCAUGCAGCUGAAGAGGUCUUGAAGAUUUUCAACCGCUGUCUGCUGCCAGCUGUUACUGAAUAA